AUGGAAUCAGGCUCGCGCGAGGCAGCAGCAGGUGCUCCGUAUAUUCAGCGGGCCAAAAAGGUGAAAGGAGGCCAUGCAGAAGGAAAAGCAGCUAUGGAUAAACCAGCGGAGUCCAGAAUGAAACGCCUGUUUGGCUUCGAGAAGGAGGAUCUGUCUUCAUGGCACCGGUUUGUGUGUCUUCUCAAUCGGCCCACAGAUCCUGCAUCUCUGGGUAUCUUCCGCUGCCUGUUUGGCAUGUUGAUGGCCAUGGACAUCACUCAGGAGCGUGGGCUCAGUCACCUGGACUAUAAGUACCUGGAUGGAGCACCUGUCUGCCGCUUUCCUCUCUUUAACUUUCUGGAGCCUCUGCCUAUGGACUGGAUGUACUUUGUCUAUCUAGUGAUGUUUCUUGGUGCUGUUGGCAUCAUGCUGGGCUGUUUUUACCGCCUCUCCUGCCUCAUGUUUAUAUCCACGUACUGGUACAUAUUCUUCUUGGACAAAACGGCGUGGAACAAUCACUCUUAUCUGUACGGCCUCAUUGGGUUUCAGCUCACACUGAUGGAUGCCAACAGAUACUGGUCUGUCGAUGGUCUCCGUAAUCCUAAGAAGAGGAAUGCACAUGUGCCGCUGUGGAAUUACACCCUGCUCAGAACACAGAUCUUCAUAGUGUACUUCAUUGCUGGGGUCAAGAAGCUGGAUGCUGACUGGGUGGAGGGGUACUCAAUGAAAUAUCUGGCUCAUCAUUGGCUGUUUGACCCUUUCAAAGUUAUCCUGCCUGUGGAGUUGGUCAGUCUGAUAGUGGUUCAUGGAGGAGGCCUAAUCCUGGACCUGACGGCUGGUUAUCUGCUGUUUUUCGAUGCCACCCGUCCUGUCGCCUUCUUCUUUGUCAGCUACUUUCACUGCAUGAACUCGCAGCUCUUCAGUAUCGGGAUGUUUUCCUACACCAUGUUGGCCACUAGUCCACUGUUCUGCUACGCCGAUUGGCCGAGGCGCUUUUUUGGAAGUUUCCCAGAGUUCCUCCAGCCCGUUCUACCUCUGGUAUCGCCCACCCCCCGCCCCAGCUCCUCAUGCAUUUACCCUAGUCCGCCCAGCAGCUCCUCCGAACAGCAAGACGCAUCUACACAUCCCAAACCCUCCACGCCGCGCCUCAGACACAAGAUGGCUGCGAUAUUCACCAUCAUCUACAUCACAGAGCAGUUUUUCCUGCCGUACUCUCAUUUCAUCACACAGGGUUACAAUAACUGGACUAAUGGUCUCUAUGGCUACUCGUGGGAUAUGAUGGUCCAUUCUCGUUCACACCAGCAUGUUAAAAUUACCUACAGAGAUGGAGUGACGGGAGAGGUCGGGUACCUGAACCCGGGGGUGUUUACUCAGAGUCGACGGUGGAAGGACCAUGGAGACAUGCUGAAGCAGUACGCCACCUGCCUGAGCCGCAACCUCCCUCGCUUCAACAUCACCGACCCACAGAUUUACUUCGACAUCUGGGUCUCUAUUAAUGACCGCUUCCAGCAGAGGAUAUUUGACCCUCGUGUUGAUAUUGUAAAAGCGGACUGGUCUCCAUUCCGGCCCAAUCCUUGGCUCAUGCCUCUGCUGGUGGAUCUGUCCCCCUGGAGGGCGAAGUUUGAAGAGAUUGAGGGGACUUUAGAUAACCAGACCGAGGUGGUCUUCAUCGCUGACUUUCCAGGCCUGCAUCUGGAGAACUAUGUAAGUGAGGACCUGGGGAACACCAGUGUUCAGGUGCUGCAGGGUGAGGUGAAGGUGGAGAUAGUGGAGGAGAAGAUGAACUACACGCUGGCUCCAGGAGACAAGAUGCAGCUUCCUGCUGGAGCGUACCAUAAAGUCUACACAGUGUCCCAGGUACCUUCCUGCUACAUGUAUAUCUACGUGAACACCACUGAGGCGGCGCUGCAGAUGAACUUCACCAUGCUAUUGGAGCUUCAGGAGAAAGUCCGCAAUGGGACAGAGACGGAGCCUCUGCCCCCAGAGCUGCAGCCUCUUAUAACUGGCCUUGAAGAUGAGGGUUCAGAGGUCAACGUCACCGACCCAGUGGUGCGUCUCUUCCUCAAGCGUCAGAAGCGCUUGGAAGAGAAGAAAAAGCGUCGAGAGGCGCCCAUCCACGAACGGUUCAACAGAUUCGUCACGAAAAAAUACUACAUGAUCCGGCGAGGGUUUCUAAUGACUGCCAUCGCUAUGCGAAACCUGGCCUUCGGACUGCCCCCUUUGGAACAGCUGAGGAGGGAGGUCGACUACGCAAACAUGAAGGCACCUGAGGAAGACGCCAACCAGAACGAGCCGCUCAAAGACGAGACGGGUCACGCAGAGCUGUGAGAGAAGUUAGCCGUGGACAGUUAUUGAACCACCGUCUGCUGCCUGAUCCUACACUUAAAACAAUAAAGGUGCCAAAGAGAUUUCUGUGGAGCGAUGCCAUAGAAGAACCACUUUUCAUUACGGAACCGAAUGUGGUUCUUCUAUGGCACUGGUCUAAAGUGCUCUGGCACAUUUAUUAACAGUGUAACCCUGCUGAAGCUACUGACCCAAAGUACUUCACAAGGUCAAAACAUUUGGGAACAUUUCACAUAAUAAUAGUGAAAAGGUCACUAAUUUUAGCUUACGUUUACAUUUAAUAUCUAUGGCAAAACACAAAAAUUCCCAUUUUGAGUAUAAAUAUGGCCUUAUGACCUGUGUUCUGUUCCUAAAAUGAAAUCAGGUCUGUGUUACUGAAUUUAAAAAUGGCAUUUUAAUAGACUUCUGAGGAUGUGUAGUCAGUUUAAAGUUGCUCCCCACCAAAACAUCACUGGACCCUCAAAAUUAUGAGGUAAUUAAAGAGUGAGUCAAAAUCUGAGUAUAGGUACAUGCAAGCUUACACUGCUGUGCUUUGAACUGAUAUCAGAAACCUGCCAACCUCACAAAAAAUACAACUACAAUAUUACUGCAAAACACUAGAGGGCGUCCACGAGCAAGUCCUCAAAGACUGGGGUGAAAGAAGCUAAUCAGUUACAGAAGAAAAUUUAAAUUUCGGACCAUUUGUGCUGGACCUUUAUUUCAGUUAGGAAAGUAGCAGGAUGUUUUUAAUAAGAAAUCAAAGAAAAAAUUAGCAGUAUAUUCCGUUUUUCUACAGGUUUUUGGUAGAAGGACGCUAACGUUACUGCGAAUAAGUGUUUGUGGUCACUGGCUACAUGAACGUACAUGAGACACUGUUAAAAAAAUCGCCAGUGUUAAAAUAUUUUAUUUCAUUCUCCAGAAUUUCAAGAAUGAUUUUCGCUCCAGUAGGCGCUCCAGAGUGAGUCCAAAAUAAAUAAGUUCCUAUGGAGCUUCUGUACUACAUCAUACUUUGUAAAGCUUAAUUUUUUUUCAUAUAGAAAAAAUAUUCAUUUUCUCAACACAGAACAGCAUAUAAUAUUUCAUCACUGCUGAUCUGUUUCUGAGUGCUUUAAAACUCCAGUUAUAGGACUUUCCAAGAGUGUUUUAGGUACGUUCAUGACAUUGGCAAGCGCGACCGCUUCAUUCAGCCAAUGAGCUGAACACCUCACCAACCAAUCAGCACUCAGUAGGAGUAAUGCUAACCAAUCAACACUAAAAAGCAGUAAUGCUAACCAAUUAACACUAGUAGCAGUAACGCCAACCAGUCAGCACUCAAUAGCGGUAAUGCUCACCAGUCAGCACUCAGUAGCGGUAAUGUUAGUGUCACCAGUUUGCUCUAGAAAAAAAACUGAAAGAUACUGGCAAGUUUUCUUUGAUUUUUGUUGGAGUACAUCCUUCUACCUUCCAAAAUGAAACAAAGGACCUUUCCUGCAGAGAAAAACAGCUUAGCUGUUUUACCUAUUUGGGCAUGACACAACCUCAGAGGUCUGUAGUUUUAGCAUUAACUGUUACACACUAUGCAAAACUUGAAACGAGGUGAAAUGAAUUUUUCUUCCUGGACAGAUUCACGAGUCUUGGUCUAAAUAUGCUGCUGCAUUAAAUAGAACACACUUUUUUGGUUUUCUUUCUUCUUCUCCAGUGAUACAUACUGCAUUUCAGUUCGAUUGCUGUGCUGAAUCAUAAGUAUUACAUAAUCAUAAGCUUCCACUUGUUGGGUACGGAGCGAAUAUGAACAUUACAUUGACAAAAAACAGUUUACUACUGUAUGGUCAUUUUUUUAAUUAAACUAUGAAGAACACUG